AUGAGAAGUGUAGUACGUUACAUAAUGCUGCCAACAUCUAAGAUAUAUCCUUCAAGUGCACCAUAUUCUCAAGGAACACCGCUGAAUGAAAACCAGCAAAUACAGACAGAAAUAAAAUCGUCACCAAACUACAGAGCAGUUGGAGAUGACGAUGAAGAGUUCGCAUGUCAAGGUGGUAAAGGCGCAAGCAAGCAAGACAUCGUCACUGAACUAAAUCAAGAGUAUUUCGAUUGUCCAGGUGACGAAGAAUGGAUGUCCUUUCUUUACUCUGGGAAGAAGAAAGUCGCAAAGAGAUUGUUGGAAUUGGGACACCUUCCGAAACAGAGAAUACUGAACGAAAUAUGUCUACUGUUCGGAAGAAAAUCUAAAGUGACAAUAAUGAUCUGCAACGCAAUUUGUGUGCACAUAAAAUCAAAAAAUGAACAUAUCAUAGAUGUUUGGGCUGCAUAUACACUACAAAACAUGAAUAGUAUAACUUUUGUCGUUAGUUUGGAAGAAUUUGAGAACACGGGAAGGGAUGAUCAAGCAGAAAGUAUCCGCAUAGACAAAAUGAUUGACUAUUCUUUCAUAAAAAGAAUAGUAGGAAAAUACAGUUACGAAAGUACUGAAAUCAUGAACCACAAUGUUACUUCUGGCGAAGACUUUGAUGACGAUGCCUACUGUAAGCUCCAAACCUGUGUUGCAAAAUAUUCUGUAGAAUUGAUGAAGCAGCACAAGUAUUUGUCUAUCGUAUCUGCUUGUUCUAAAAGAUCAACAGGGUAUGGCCCCUCCUUGAACCUGAAGCCUGAAAACUGCAUUGUUCUUUACGUACACACAAAACAUUAUAUUCCAAUCAACGAGGAUCCGUUCAAAACCCAUUAUGAUGAAAUACCGGUUGAUGUAAGAGAAGGUGUCUUUAUUCGUUUCGGGAGAACUGCUACAGACUUUUUGGAUCAUGUACAAAUGGGUUGCCAAAUACGCGGAGAGGUUGAAAAUGGCCAGUAUGUUGAAGGAACCUUAGGUUGUUUUAUUGAUCAUCCACAAUACGGUGUAUGCGGACUGACAUGUGCACAUGUUUUAUUAAGCCCAUGGGAUUUGAUCAGGCUGAAAUCAGUGCACAAUGGUACUUUCAACUGGCCGUUACAUGAUAUGCAAAGGACAGUUUACCAGCCUGCAAACCAAACUAACGAUAUUGGCCAUACCGUUCAGUUAGUCUACAAGGAAGGGUCUGAAAAUUGCAGUGGAAUGGAAGUGGCUCUGUUUAAACUAACAAACAGAUAUCCAAAAUCUUCAGAUGUACCUGAUGCUUCGGUAACAGUAGCCUCUACGACUGCCAUGAACAUAAACUACGAACACUGGCGGAUUUGCAGUGCGGAAAGACUUAAUUCAAGAAUGAAACAUGUAAUUAAGUUUGGAUCAAAGACCGAGUUACGAGCUGGGAUAAUAGAAUUCGGCACUAUGGCAGUUAAAGAGCUGAAUUCCUAUCCACUUGCAACAGGGUAUUUUAGUAUCAAACUGCACAAACAAAUUGAAGUUAGACCGCAAAACACGAGUUUUGCAUUUGCAGACAAAGGUGAUUCAGGCUCCCUUGUUUUCCUUGUUGGCGACAACAGUUCUGAGCACACCUGUAUUGGAAUUGUAGAAGGAGGAACAUCAUAUGGAACUGUGGUUGUGAGUCCUAUUGUUCCUAUUUUAGAUGAACUGAAAGUUUCAAGUUUGAAAAGUUUUGAUUCUGCAAACACUCUCUCUGAAAUACAUGGCAAAAUAGAAAAUGUCGGAAGCGAAGUGCAGACAGUGAAAAAUGAUGUACAAACUUUGACAGGCGAAAUGCAAAGAAUGCGUGGUGAUAUGCAGACUGAAAUGCAGAAUAUGACUAGAGACAUCCAGAAUAUAGAUAGUAGAAUGGAUAAUCGCAUGCAGCAGAUUCAGCAAAUGCUAAGUGUUUUAUUGCCGCCGCAUAAUUAUAAUACGCAUCAAAGUCCUGCUCCUUCGAAUACUUAGGAAAAUCAACGUAAUACACAAUUAUGUGAAAAGACCAAAAUUAUGCAUAUAAGUUGUAACUAUUUCCAUUGCAAGCUACAUUGUAAGUAGUAUAAGUAAUAGGGGUUCUGGCCCGAUUUUUUUUUCAAUUUUAACUAGCAUACCCGAAUAACUAAGCACACUUUGAUCUUACCUUAAACUUUAGUAGAAACUAAGUUUCUGUCUUAAAAUACUAACUUGGUACCCUUGGUACCCUGAAAAUCUUUGAUGGACGUAAGGUUGAAGGGAUAAAAUGAAAACCAAGGUCCACUUAAAUUGAAAACAACAAUUGAAACAGAAAAAAAACAGAAGAAAAUGUCCUUAUUAAUUAAAAUAAUGUAUUAUUGUUUGUUCAUUUACUCUUUGAUUGUUUACUCUCAGUGUUUUAUACAGUAAAUCAUACAACGGUACUUUAUCUUGUAACAUUUUAAUGAAAAAUAAACAAUAAUAUCCACAAAG